CAAAACCAUGAAGGAGUAAGGUUAGUAUAAAAUAAAGAUGAAGUCGUAGUGUGAAAGGUACAUACCUGGACGGGGUCGAUGGCCGAUCAGGAAUAGCCAUGGCCUAGACAUCGUGACUUCCCUUGCACUUUGGAAGGGUGCGCGUCUAAGGUCUGCCCUUUGCAGGCAGAGCCUACGUCAUAAUUUGUGGUAGUUGGGGCUUGCGUCAACGCGCAGCCCCUUCCCAAUUUUAUAUCUCUAUAAACCAUUUCGCUCUCCUACACGUUUUUUAAUCGUAAAGGUCGCCCACUGUUCUCUCUAAUUUCAUCGAACACCCUAAUGGCCAAGUCCAUGGAAGUCUCUCGGAUUACAUUACGCCCUUUCCAGCUCUCUGAUGUUGACGAUUUCAUGGUUUGGGCAGGGGAUGAUCGAGUCAUGAAGUCUACAAGAUGGAAUGUUUUUACGUCCAAGGAACAGGCGCAUGAUUUCAUUAGGGAUGUUUGUAUUCCGCAUCCAUGGCGUAGGUCGAUUUGUGUCGAUGGGCGGUCGGUUGGGUUUGUUUCGGUUUAUCCGUGGUCGGGCGAGGAUCGGUGUAAGGCGGAUGUUGGAUAUGCUGUGGCAAGGGAGUAUUGGGGUCGAGGAAUUGUGACGGAGGCGUUGAAAAUAGCUGUUCCUCAAGUGUUUGAGAAGUUCCCCGAGGUGGUGAGAUUGCAGGCGUUUGUGUUUAUUGAGAAUAGGGCGUCUCAAAGAGUUGUUGAGAAAGUUGGGUUCCAGAAAGAGGGGCUUUUGAGGAAGUAUUGUUAUAUUAAGGGUGAACUUAAGGAUUUAUUUGUUUAUAGCUUUUUGUCAUCUGAUUUGUAAAUGAUGAGGAGGAAGAUCCAGUGGUUUUCCGAAUUAUGAUCCCUUUUUCAACUUUGUUUCGUUGUGUUAUACACUCUUUAUGACCUCUUUGCAAUUGUGAAGAAUACUGUAUUUGAUUUGAAGUUCGAAUAUCAGUUGACUUUACAGUAAA